GUUCGUCCGGCAAUUCCUCUUCAUCAACCGAAUCGCCUCUGUAUCCAUCCAAACUCAUCGAGUCGCGACCACAGAGGUAAAGCAAGCAUCUCUAGACGUCGCAGUGAUGUCUCGUCCGGUUCCCUUCUUCCUUUUUUAUCCUGGGAUUUAGUUUAAAUUUUAGGAUCCGAUGCAUGUAUAGUAAAGCAUUCGCAUUGUUCAUGUUUCCUAGUCUUUAUGAGCAGCGUUCGUUGUCUGUGUCGGUGUGAUUUUAAGGUCGGGCGGGUGUUGGAUGGCGACGCGGCUAUGUAUGUACCGACUCGUUUUAAGGUGGCUUGAUUGCGGAGUCUGCAAGUUGGGGUUUUCUUGAAUUCGGGGUUGAAAUCUCGGCUGGGGUAUGAUUUGGUAGUUCCGAAAGCCCACGUGUCAGUUUGGUCAUUGCGAUUGCUGAGAAAUCGGAGACGGGUGUUUAUGAUUUGUCCGGUUUGGUUGUCGGAUACAGGGCUUCGUAGGCUUUGAAGAUGCCGGCCACCGCAGGAAGGGUUCGCAUGCCCGCGAACAAUAGGGUUCACAGCAGUGCAGCCCUUCAAACCCAUGGCAUAUGGCAGAGCGCGAUCGGGUAUGAUCCCUAUGCCCCCAACAAGGAUGAUGCAAAGAGCUCCACUCCCAACGAGGGGGCUAAUUCAGAGCGUGAGGCCGAGAACUCGUACACGAGCUUCCAAGAUCUGCUUGCUCUUGCCCGUUUUACUGGGUCGAAUGCCGACGAGGCCCGCGGCGCAUGCAAGAAGUGUGGCCGUGUUGGCCACCUGACAUUUCAGUGUAGAAACUUCCUGAAUACGAAUGAUGAUAAUAAGGAAAAGGACACGGAGGCAGUGCAGGUUGCGGUUGCAUCUUUUCCUGGGUUGGAUAAGCUGAAGGGGAGUGGUAACAAGGCGAAUGGUAACACUGAAGCGGGAAGUGAGGAGGAUAGCAAAGAGGAAGAAGACGAAAGUGAGACUUCGGAUUCUGAUGUUGGCGUGGAGAUUGAGAGGGUAAUUGCCAAGCGUGAGGGGAAGAAGCCAAUCACUAAGGGUAGCACAGAAAGUUCAUCAAAGAAGAAGACGAGAAGGGGGGAUGGUUCAGAAGAUGAUGACUCGGUUAGUGAUAUGGGGGAGAGAAAUAAGAGAGGGAGGUCGAAGAAGAGAAAGAGUGGAAGGAGAAGAAGCAGUCUCUCUGAGGAUAAGGAUGAAGUUAGAAGAAAGAGAAGGAAGGGGAGGAUGAGGAAGAGGGACAAGUCAUCAGAUGAGGAGGAGCAUCGACGAAGGCAUAGGAAUAGUAAGACGGAUGAAAGGAGGAGAAAGAGUCAUAGAUAUACAGAUGAUUCCAGCUCAGAUGAAUCAGGUGAUUAUGACAGGAGGCACAGGCAAAAGAGCUGGAGGGCAGCUGCGUCUUCUGAUUACCAAGCAAGUAGCUCAGAUGACUCACGUGUUGGGAGGGAAAGGAAGCGAUCUGCCAAGAGUAGCAGAAGACACCGUCAUAAAGAGGAUGACUCUAGCUAAGAUAUAUAGGUAAGUGACUUGUACGCGGCUAUUUUGUCAAAAUAAUUGGGAGUGGGAACGUGCCACGCAGCCACGCCUGAUCUUAAGUGGAAGACUUCUAUGUUGUGGAAUGUCUUUCUAUACGAGAAUGUAAUCGAAGUGUCAACUAAAGAUUAGAUAUUUCUCUAUGUGAAUGAGAAAUGAUGUGGUUAUUUU